CGCAAACGCAACGACAACAGCCAGAAGAAAAAGAAGAAGAGGAAGGAGAUCGUUGGCGACGACUAAAACAAUCACCAUGUCUUGGCAAACCUACGUCGACGAGCACCUCAUGUGCGACAUUGAGGGCACCGGAAACCACCUCACCGGCGCCGCCAUCAUCGGCCACGACGGCAGUGUCUGGGCCCAGAGCUCCUCCUUCCCUGCGUUUAAGCCUGAGGAGAUCACUGGGAUCAUGAAAGAUUUUGAUGAACCUGGCUUUCUUGCUCCUACUGGGCUGCACCUUGGUGGGUCAAAGUACAUGGUCAUCCAAGGGGAGCCAGGUGCUGUGAUCCGUGGAAAGAAGGGGCCUGGUGGUGUGACUGUUAAGAAAACUGGGCAAGCUCUGAUAUUUGGCAUCUAUGAUGAACCUGUGACUCCAGGGCAGUGUAACAUGAUUGUGGAGAGGUUGGGAGAUUACCUUAUUGAGCAGGGACUGUAGCCACCCGAACUCAAGUUGUCUUGUUUUAAUUAUGGGGCCUCUGAGCUCGAAUCUUCUCACUUCUAUGGCCGCCGGCGGUGUUGUUUCAGAGCAAUAACGAUGAGAUUGAUAACAGUUUGUUUUGUUUUGUUUAUUUUUAUUUUUAUUUUUUGGCAUCUUAGAGCCUUUGCCAUUUUUCCAUUGCUUACAUGUGUUACUUAAUUUUGUGUAUUUAUUCUCAGCCUGCUUCGGCUGCAAUCGAGUUUGAAAAUUUGAGGUGUUCCCCUCUUCUUA